CCGUCUGCUUCUUCGACUGCAGGGAUUUCAAGUUAAACGCCAAGAUGUCGGAGAGAAAGAUAUCCUCGAGUCGCAAGCAUCAGCUGAAGAGUCUGAUGCUCUCCAUUGCCAAAGGUAUCCUGGAGGAGGAAGACAGGGAGAGAGAGAGGGAGAGGGGCCGCUACAUGUCUGAGACCUGUCCUCCUCUGUCCAUGCCCAGAUCCAUGCAGGAGCUGCAGGAGCUGGCGAGGGAAAUCCACCACAAGAUCGACGUGAUCGAUGAGGAGCGCUACAACCUGGAUAUGAAAGUCAAUAAAACCAACAAGGAGAUCGACGACCUUAAGAUCAAAGUUCAGGACCUGAUGGGAAAGUUCAAGAAGCCCGUCCUGAGGAAAGUACGAAUGUCAGCCGACGCCAUGCUGAAGGCUCUGCUGGGCUCCAAACACACGGUGAACCUGGACCUGAGGGCCAACCUGAAGCAGGUCAAGAAGGAGGUCAAAGAGGAGGAUAAGGAGCUGCGUGACGUUGGCGACUGGCGUAAAAACAUUGAAGACAAGUCUGGCAUGGACGGAAGGAAGAAGAUGUUUGAGGCCGAGGCCUAAAUCACAGUCUUACCUGCCGGAACUUACUGCAGUAUUUUUAGACCCUGUUUUUAAUGAGUAUUUGAACAGGAAACUAUUCAUAUAGAAAAAAAAAACUUUUUUUUG